AUGUCCACUCGAUUGGAUAUUGAUAAUGUAUCUCGCUGGACAUUAAAUCAUUUUAAAGAAUUGGAAGGGUUACUUCAUGAUUUGAUUCCACUUAUUAGAUGGUUUCAAAUUUCCGCAAAAGAAUUUUGGCGGAAAGUUAGUCCAUUUGAACAAAUCUUUCCAAAACAAUUAUAUAAGGAUAUAAUUGGUCAUUAUUUAGAUCCAGAAACACCGCCAAUCAGUGUAAUGUUUCUGGGUAAAACCCGAAGAUUUUCAGGGCAAACUAUUUUCGACGGUGGCAAAGUUUUCGACGGAUGGCAAAAGGAUUCAAUUAAAAUGUGA